GUACGGCAGGCGUGUAAGAACAGGAGCUGUGAUUGGUUGAAUGAGACACCCUCGCUCUGCAGGACUCUCAGCGUGGACAUUGAGUGACGAUGGCGACCUGGUGUGUGCGUGCGAUCAGACAGAGCUCUUCUAUCAUAGCAUCCCCUUCACUUGUUAGGGCGACUCCACGCCUCCUUUGCACAGCAGCCCAUCAGAAAAGCUCAGUGCCUGGGACUGAAGAAGAGAACGGGACUCCGAAACCAGAGCCCAGUGCAGCUGAGAAAGCCUUCAUAGAAGAAAAGACACAACUGGAAGAACAGCUAAAAGAUGUUACGGAUAAAUACAAGCGGGCGCUAGCAGACACUGAGAACCUUAGGCAAAGGAGUCAAAAGAUGAUUGAUGAUGCUAAGCUUUAUGGAAUCCAGGGCUUCUGUAAAGAUCUCUUGGAGGUGGCUGACAUCUUGGAGAAGGCAACAGAAAGCGUACCAAAAACUGAAAUAUCUACUGCAAAUCCACACCUGAAAAAUCUUUAUGAUGGCCUUGUAAUGACUGAGGUGCAGAUCCAAAAGGUCUUCCAAAAACACGGCCUUGUUAAGCUUAACCCUGAUGGUCAGAAAUUUGACCCUUAUGAGCAUGAGGCUGUGUUUCAUGCACCUAUGGAGGGCAAGGAGGCAGGUACCAUAGCUGUAGUUACUAAAGUAGGCUACAAGCUGCACGGCCGUACUCUACGGCCUGCUCUGGUGGGUGUAGUCAAAGCCCCCUAACUGGUCGUACACACUAUGAUGGGUUUGUGGUUUGGGUCAACUGAUCGAUUUCUGUAAAUUAGCUGGUCUUAGGCUCCACUGAUUGUUUUUUUGUAUUUGUUUUGUUUUUGUUAAAUGUGCCUCUGAGAGGUGAAAUCCAAUAUAUUGACAACUGAAGGACAAUGCCAGACUGAUCUUUGUGAUUAAUAAUGAAUCAGUAAAAAAAAAAAAAAAAUAUAGUUAUUGGGUAUAAUAUAAGAGUUGAGUGUGUAUGAGGUAGAAGAUUCACAGAAUCUUUGAUUGGAUGCAUCAGUAUUCUCUGUAGGAUCAUCACCUUUCCAGGGAUCCAAAGAAACGGAAGCUUUUGAAGAAUCUUAAGCUUUUAAAGAAACACUGCAGCAUAUUACAUUAUUGAACAUAUUUUCUUAUACUUAUUUGCUCUUACAUUAAUUGCUUUACUGAAGAACGUUACCAGUCUGGUGAUAUCCAUGACAGCAGUUGUUAGAUUCCACUUUCGCUGUCAGUGUAAUGCGUUUUUUUCAAUUUGUAUGAGAAAAUAAUUAGUCUUCUUUACAGGACUUGGAGUAA